AUAAGAGUAAGAGAGGAAAAUGAUUAAAGAGGGUUUGAAAGAGCUUUCGUCUCUAGUUCGCUCUCUUAUUAAUCCUUUAAAAAGCUUUCCCCUUUCUUCCUCCUAAUCGUUUCCAAAAGUCUCUAAUCAGGUUCCUCUUUCUGGGUUUUUGAUUGCUUCAUUUGUUCCUUCUUUUCGUUUCCGAUUUUAGGUAGAGACCAUCUUCUUCUUUAGCGAUUCAGCUUCAGUUUUUGUUUUCCCACUCUGAUCGCUUAUUCUUUCUUCUGGGUUUCGCAAAUUUUCAAUCUUUUUUUUUUUUGCUUUUGAUCGAAGCUUCGACUCGACUCUGUUUCAGUGGUUUCUUGCUUCGUCACAACUUGAAGAAGAAGCAAAUUACUAAUUUUUUUUGUUUGUUUCUAAUUUUCGUUUCCAUCAUGAAAGAUCUUCUUGGAAUAAUAUCUCAGGCGUACAAGUAGCUAACGACCAAGACUAACUGAAAGAGUAUGAGUAACAACGACGACGACGACUCUCAGAAGCCGGAGACCUCUACUUCCGGCGGAGUCGUCUCUCGAUCAGCUCGAACGUUGUCUGACUACCUUCGCACCAUUUCCUCCGGCGCUUCCACCGUCGCUCGCACCGCCGCUUCUUCCGUCGUUAACCGACCCUCUCUUCACGACCAGGUACUAUGGGCGGGUUUCGAUAAGCUAGAGAAAGAGGACGGCGAUACUCGGAGAGUCCUUCUACUUGCAUUCCACUCUGGUUUCCAAAUCUGGGAUGUCCAAGACACUGACAACGUCCACGUCAUCGUCUCCGCUCAUGACGGUCAUGCUGCCUUCAUGCAGAUGCUACCUUACCCGCUUCUCUCCAAGGAUACAGACGAUGAUGUGUUUUUCGAGAGCCGUCCGCUUUUGGCUGUGUGUGGUGACAGUUCUUGGGUGGAGAUUUUAGACAGAGAGGACACCGCUUCUGACGACGACGCUGAAAGUGAAACCGUUGUGCCGACUCACGUGAACGUCUACUCGUUGAAGUCAAACUCUUAUGUUCAUACGUUGAAGUUCAACUCUGUCAUCUACACCAUUAGGUGCAGUCCUCGGAUCGUUGCUGUGCUACAAGCUGAUCAGAUACAUUGCUUUGAUGCUAAAACGUUAGUGGAGGAAUACAGUAUUGUCACUAACUCCAUAGCGUAUGGCUCGUUGGGUGUUGGAUACGGUCCUCUUGCUGUUGGUCCACGGUGGAUCGCUUAUAGCGCAAGUCGUAUUGCGGAUUCGAGCUCCACGAUUUUCACUUCGGAGCUUCUCCCACUGUCGUCAUCACCCAGCGUUGCACAGUUUGCAAGAGAGUCGAGCAAACAUAUUGUAUCUGGGAUUGCGAGGCUUGGAGGCAAAGGGUACAAGUCGUUGUCUAGGAUGUGCACUGAUGCUCUGCCUCUUCCCAAUUCGUAUAUUCCUGGUUUUAAGGGCAUUGGAGUUGCUACUGACAAAGUGCAAGACGCUGAGAGCAUAGGAAUGGUGAUAAUCAGUGAUGUUAUAAACAAAAGCGUGAUAUGUCAGUUUAAGGCACACAAUAAUCCGAUCUCAGCUUUGAGCUUUGAUCCAAGUGGGAUGCUUUUGGUGUCUGCUUCGACUCAGGGCAGCAAUAUUAACGUGUUCAAAAUACUGCCGAGAACCUCCAACACUAGUGAUCCGAGCAAAGAGUCUUUUAUGCAUCUCUUCAAACUCCAUCGUGGCUAUACUUAUGCGGUGAUACAAGGCAUCAGUUUCAGCAAUGAUAGCAGUGUGAUAGUGGUUAGCUCUUCAAGAGGGACAAGUCAUCUGUUUGAGAUCAAUCCCGAGAGAGAGGGGCAUCUUGCUGUUUCUCUGUCACCUGUUAUUAAGAUAAGAAGCGGAGACACCAGCGGAUGGAUUGGUACAGUGAGCGGUGCUGCAGCUGCGGCGAUGGGGACAGUAAGCGGUGUUGCAGCUGGAAUGGUUGGAGGAGGAGGAGGAGGAGACUCUCUUCCGGGUUCAACCGCAACAACUUUCUGUGGUUCUGAUAAUAGCUUUGCGACGAGGAACCUUCUGGUUUUUGCUCCUUCUGGAUGUAUGACACAGUAUGCGUUGAAGGCUGGGGGGGAUGGUGAUGAGGCUUUGGUGAUGACGGGGAUUGAUGAGUCUGGUUCAGAGACUGAAGGACCGGUUGUGAGAGUACGAAGGUGGUCCAUGAUCCAAAACCGAUCUAGAAGAGAGAUGCAAGCUCAACAAAGUGACAUAUAUGGAGCGACUUCGGAUAACCUUGGGUUGCAGAGUGCUGAGGUACCUUGGAAAGUAAGUAAGAAAGGAAAGGCCCCCCUUGUGCAGGAUAAUCAUCAGCUGUACGUGUCUGAAACAGAGUUGCGAGUGUACCAGCCACCUCAGCUAGCGUCAUGGGAAUGUGAAAAUUAUAGGUUUCAGAAGCUGGUAUUGGAUGGGGAUGAGGAGAGUAAUGGUGGAGGAGGGGAGAUGGAGAUUGAAAGAAUCCAAGCUCAGACGAUUGAAGCAAGAACAACAGUUUUGCGUCCAGUCUGGGGUUGAAGAGAAGUUGCAAUUAGAAGAAAGAAGGUUAUAUGCUGUUUUGGUUUUAUUGUUCUUCAUCACAAACUCAGCUUCAAGUUCAGCAAUAGAAGUAUAGAACAACAAAAAAAACUGUGGAAAGUUGUAUAGAAUAGGAAAAGAAAAUUUGACAGAUUUUAAAUGUAAAUAGCUAGCAGUAUAGUAUUCUUUUUUACAGAUUGACCCCAUUACAUUGAUUCAUGAACUGAAAUCUUCUUUGGAUGUAAACAUAAUAAGAAAAAAAAGGGAAAGUUUCUGCAA